GACUCUUUCAUUGUCUCUCGCUCCCACCACUCAUCAAAAUGCCGAUCCCCUGGCACCCGCCCCCUUCUGGCCCAUCCCAACCUCCCCAUCCCUCACCACCUUCCUACCCUUCGUCAUUUGGGACAGACUCAGAUAUCGACUCGGGCAGCGAUAUCUCCUCCGACGACGAGUCGGAGCUAGAUGCCAUGAUUCAGGAGGAGUGGGAGGAGUCGCUGAGACAAUUCGAGGUGGUUGUUUCUAUCGUUGUCAUCCCGUAUUUUGGAAAAUGGUUCGGGAGAAAAUGGGCCUUCUGGGCAUACGAAAGAUAUCAAACCAUCGGCAUAGGGAAGGCAUUUUUUGGCCUUCUGUAAUCUCAUAACGACUUGUAAUCAAGAUCAGAUGUAUCCAUCCACAUGCACUUUACUCGACACCAUCCCCACUGCUGUGUCCUGUAGGCGAUACUCUACCUCUUUCUAUCGAUGUUAUCUAUGAGCCUCGCCAACGCACCCUUCUCCGGCUUGUAUUCCCUUCUCGUCAUCUCUCCCAUGACCUCAUCCACCUCUGCCCAUUUAGAAGCGCUGGAAAGCGCACUGAGUAGUAGCAAGUAGGUGUCGCUGUUGGGGUUGACCUUUUGCCUUAGCAUCUUGUGCCACAACAUCAUCAUCGUAUCCACCGUCCCUCCCCCCCCAGCCCCGAGUU